UCCUUUUUUUAUAAAAAAUAAAAUAAUAAAUGGCGGAUGGGAAAAGGGGAGACCCGCAGCAAGGGUUAUGCUGGAGGCCAUCAUUGGGCGAGUAUGGACUCUCUCAACCAGCGUUGAUGCGCUCGGCCUCUCAGAGCGCCCCUGCAUGGCUUACUGUAAUUGCAAAUUCUCAUCAUUAUUACCUUUUAUUUCCCCUCCACCACCGAGGCAGAAUGCGAGCCGAGUUCCACUCCUCUGUUCCCGUCAGGCACUCUCAUUCCUCGAGGGGUGGCAGCCGACAUGCAUCUUCCAUAAGCAUUGGGUGUAUGAAUGUGAAAGAUUGUUGGCUCUUGCCGACAACGUGGAACUGAGCCAGGCCCCAGAGGACGAACUCCACCAACCAUUCAUUCCAUCGUGGAGGCAACUCAAGCGAGGAGGGGGUGGUUUCCACGGGGUAAGGAGAGAGGGGCCUUCUCCUUCGCUCUCAGUCAGCCGUCUCUCGGUCUAUCCCCAGGUCUCGUUUCUCCGUAUCCUUUUCUCCAUAUGUUCCAGGGAUAGAGGAAGGCUAAUUUCCACCCCCCCCCUGUUAUCCCAAAAUAUAUGAAUGCGGGUUGAGAUCCCUGGGUUUGAAAUUUCCCGUACCUAGGAAAUU